AUGCACUUUCCACACGCUUCACGUUCGUUCUGCCAUCGUCCUGGAUCCAAACUCACCACAAUCCCUCUCAACCAAUACAGCAAAAGAAACGGAGACCAGAUUCAAAUGAUUUCUCCACGUCUGCAGCGGCUAGCGCUCGGCCGCCAGAACUCGGUCCGCCCGCAGUCCGAGCGCAGCGUCGACCCCGAUCAAAUGGAUCCCGACAUUGUGCGCAUGAUCUUUCGCAAUCGCGAGCUGAUCACGGCGCAAAACAAUCUUCUCCGCGCAGGCCGUAUAGAGGCUAUGUCUGCGGCGAUCAAUCUGAUGGAGCCGGGCAGAAAUGAAGACAUUGCAAAGUUCAAGAGCCUCACGGAGAAGCAGAACAGAGAGCUGGCGGACUCGUGCGCGCUCGUGCUGCAGCUCCCGUUCACGGGUCUGCUCUACAUUCUGGACCAGCCGAUUUCAAGACUUUUUCGAUUGCGUGCAGUAUUUAGGGAUUCGAAAGCAACUGUACUCAGCAGUAUUGCAGCUGGCCGCGCGAGCAGGAGCUGGACACAGAUGUUUGCGGGCACGUUUGCGGACAUGGUCCAUGAGUGCACGGCGACGCUGGUUCCGAGCAUGAGUUCGACCGAGUAUGCGAAAGGUCGGAUCUCAGCGAUUUUGUCGAUUGUUGGAGACGCCUUGCAGCGCGCUGACAGUCGACUUCCACCCAGGCUCAAAGCGAUUAAUUGGACGUUUCGCUACCCUCUCUUUGAGCACAGUGUUCUUCAGAGCAUGGACCUUGCUCCGUACUAUCAACUUCUCCCAUCACUAGCUACAGCCCGACAGACAUGGUCAGACAUCCUCCUCUUCCGCCGACUCGACCUGUUCAUCCUCGUCCCGCUCGGCCUCGCUGAAGAAGCCAUCUCGUCGUUUCUGUUCACAAAGGUAUUAAACUGGCGCAGACCUGUCGGCUUUGGCUAUUUCGGGCACGCGAUAUCGGUCGUGAACAUGUCGUCGAUCCAGUACCUUUUGGCAACCGUGUACAAGGCGCCUCUGAACAUAAUCUACUACCGCUACCUGGCUCGCUUCGUGCUCAAAUCGCGCGGCCUUCCGACCGACGGCGUCUACAAUAUUUUCGAGCUCGGAAACUGGAAGGGUAUGCUCGAGACGAUGAUCUAUCACUGUGCUUUGGAGUUUGGCAGUUCGGCGGCAUACUAUCUUAUCAUGGUCUGGCUGCGGUCGUGGAUAUACCCACCAAGCAAGAGCAAGAGCAAAGAGCCCAAGAAGACUCGCCGUGCUGCCACUCCCUCGUCUUCCUCCACCACCAGCAGCCACCCGCGACGACGCCCGCAGACACCCGCAGAGCAGACCUGA